CAGGCAGUGUGUGUUUGUGUGUGCACCCCAAUCGAACCUCUUUGUGCCAGUAAAGGCAGAAACAGUCAAGAUUUCUUCAAAGUGUUCUGAUUGGUUGAGAUUGAGGUUCAUACAAAAGGUCAAUAUCUGCCAAAUCUCCUGCUCAUCAUCCUCACACCACUUCGCCCUCUGUCUUUCAAGAAAGGGCUUUCUUUUUCGAUUUAGGAACUACUUCUAACAUUCUACACAUAUCACCAUGAGUUCCCUAGAAGAAAGACGUGCAGCCCGUGCGGCCCGUAGGCGCAAGCAGGAUGAUAACGAAGGUGGUGAAGAACAAGAGGAAACCACAUCCCGCCGCAGUCGUCGUCGGCAAGAAGAAGACGAGGAGGACACAACAUCCAGCUAUCGCUCACGGAGGAAUAGGGGUGGAAAUGAUGAGGACAGCUACAGUGCUCCAGCUGAGCCCGCAUACGACGCUGAGGCAGACAAUCGUCGUCGUCAACAGCAGGAAGAAGAAGAGGCUGCCGCCAGAGCCGCUGAGGAGGAAUACAACAGACAGCAGGAAGAACUACGUCGCCAGCGCCAGGAAGAAGAAAGACAGAGGCGGGAAGAAGAGCAAAGGAGACAACAGGAAGAGGAAGAGCGGUUGAGACUUGAACGGGAAGAACAGGAGAGAGAAGAGGCCCAAGCUAUGAUCGAUGAAGAAGCAAGAAUCGAGCAAGAAAAGCUUGAUGCAGAAAGGCUUAAAUUGGAGAAAAUCGAGGAAGAUGAGAGACAACGCGAGGAAGAAGAGCGUCAAAAGCUCAUUGAGACGAAACUCAUCAUGCAAAAGGCAGCAGAGGACUUGAAAAACGAGGCCAAAGCCAAGGCAGAGGCUAAGGAGAAAUAUAUCAAUGACCUCGUACCCAAAUUUAGCACUGAUGGAAAGGAUGUAGCUGCACUCCAAGCUCUUUGUAAAGAUUUUCACAAGAAGCUUGCAUCACUCGAAGAAGAUGUUUAUGACUGGGAGGCAAAGAUUCGCAAACAAGAUUUCGAGAUUAAUGAGUUGACACUUAAAGUGAAUGAUACAAAGGGUAAAUUCGUGAAGCCAGUAUUGAGAAAAGUAAACAAAACAGAAAGCAAACUUGAUAAAAUUCAAAGAAAAGAAGCCAAAAAAUCAGAUUUCCGUGAUAACCUGAAGUCAUCAAGCAAGCACGCAGUAGAUGAAGAAGGGGGGGAAGGUGAAGGUGAAGCUGAAGAGGACUUUGAAGCUGAAGCGGAAGUGAGUGCGGAAUAAAAAAUAAAUUAGGCACAAGAACGAAUAGUUAGUGAGACUGACUCUGCUGAGCUAUACCUUAAAGGAUGAAAAUCAAGAGAAUGUGAAGAAAUCUGACGAUGAACUGGAGGAAAAUGCUGACGCUGCUGUCGCAGAGGUCGAAAGUUGAACAAUUCACCUCUGACCUUCUAUCCCAUCCACCUUACAACUUCCGGUGUGAUUUCAUGGAAGAGUUUGUUUCAUGUGGGGCUUACAGAAGAUUUGUUAGAACGUUGUUAAUUAUCUCAGAAAAUAUGUUAAUGCAUGAAAUCAAAUAUUAUGACAGAAGUGUUUCCCCAAAGAAUUCUGAAUCGUUCAUGUUGAAAAAACCGAAAUUCUGAGCCACUAUCAGAAUGAGGAGGUCAGAACAGACAUUUGUGUAGUGUUUGUUUUGUAGGGGUAGUUCUGUGGUUGUGUAAAAUAAAAUAAAAACAGAUUGCUUUGGAAACUCUUGACCAAAUUAAAUAUUGCCAUCCGUGAUGACACUAAUGUGCGUUUGUAAAUAGGUACCUAUCGAUAUAUCAGAAGCCAAUAGAUACCGAUUAAGUAGAGUAUGUGUAUGUACAAUAUCGUAUAUCAUUCUUGUUAAAACAUAAAGCAAUGUAAACCUGCUAGUCACUAAUAUUACACUGGUUCCUUGGUUACUGUUGGCAUGGGGGAAAAGGGAGACAACUUUCUCACAUCCAUCAUAUGCUGCUCAGGUAUAUGGCCCUAGAUUCCUGUCGUGCAUCUGUGUUGUGCAGUUACUUAACAAUGGUGUGCCUUUCGACUUUCUGUACGUAUUGACUGUACGAUGAUAGACACUGUAGAUGGUUGUUACAAAGUGCAAUAAUGUAGAUCCAUAAUGCACACUUGUUAUUAGUGAUUAUGUUCUAUGUAGAGCAGUAUCCCCCUCUUAUCCUUGCCGGCAAUCUCAGCAGUCGACCAAUUAAACUCCUAGAUACACUGAGUGCAACAUGACCUAAGUAACUAUGGGAACCAUUGUAGAAUUAUAACGUGUAGUAUAUGGUAUAUAUUAGCCAAUAUUGGGGUUCUUGAUAUUUUCUAUAUUAUCACAUGCUAUUCUCACUAGUCAAACCCCGUAUUAAAACCUGUGUAUUACUGAUGUCUUGGUCUUGUGUAAUACUGUUGUAAUCUACUGUAUGGAACCAGGGGUUAGGUACAGCCCCAUUCAGCACAGAUUUCCCUCUCACCAUAGAGUCUAUAGGAAGUGUCAUAUUUGAGAGUACAUGUAUAUAUUUGAGUGUGAACAUGUUAUGUUGGCUAGUGUGAAUCGUUGAAAUGUGAUCAAGAGAGUACCAUACUCGGUCAAAGGUCAACUAUCCUUUUUGAGUAUAUUUUGUCUGAAUUAACUUUGGUAUUUAUUAUAAUGGUUAAAUAUAAUAAUUAUUAUUAUCCCUGUUAUGUAUAGAUAUAAAUUAAACAGAUCUUAUAUUGGAGCAAGUCUGAAAUAAGAUGCAUAUCCUUCUUGGAGUCAUUUUAAUUUCAUUUAGUUUAUUUAUAAAGGCAAUCUUAUGGAGAGUUAUUCUACAAAAAUAUAAACCUUGUUUUGACUGACACAAUUUUAUCCAUUUUGUUUAUCUUUAUGUAUUAAGUCCAAUAUUACCCUACUCUACUCAGCAGUAUUGCCGUCAGAUGAAGGAAUGUGUGUAGACGUUUGUAAUAGGUGUGCUCACCAGAGUUCACAUUCGAUUUUUUAUAAAAAAAAAAUGACAAGGGGAGAUAAUAGGGUAUUUUAUGUAAAGUAGUAAUAAUAUUGGUCACAGUACCUGAGUUUUCCCGUUGUAAGUCUAUCCUGAUAAUGCUGACAUAUGGUAGAAAGUUUCUGCUUGUAGUAGUACUAGAAAUCAUACCACAGACAGUCAUAAGCAAUAAAACUCAUUCCUUGCCA